UCAUUAAACAAGUGUAGUGUAAUAAAACCCGUGGAGUGUGAAAAAUAGAAGACGCAGAGAGAGAAGACCAUUGACAAAAAUAGAAAAAUUUUGCAGACAGCAGUGAAACCGAAAGGAAGAAAAGAGAGAGGUAGGUUGUUCUUGAUUGUGCAAAAAUGGAAGCAGAAGCAGCACCGUUGAAGUUGGAGUCCCUUGUGUGCAUAGACUCCACCACUCUCUCUCAUUCCGAGCUCCUCGCUCUUUCUCUCUCAUCUCUCUCCACAUUCGACCUCCGCUCCACCCAUGACCUCGUCACUCCCAAGAUCGACCCUUCCCUCUUCAACGAGAGCACCGGCUCCCACCGCCAAACCUACUCCCGCCCCCAGCAGUCCUCCCCCACCGGCCGCCGCCGCCGCCUCGCCGGCCUCCUCCCCAACAACCUCCCUCCCCUCCCCGAAAACCGCCUCAUCAUCGACUACCUCAAACAACUCAUCAGAGACGACCCCAAGUUCGACCAAGUCCAACUCACUCCCCCUUCCCCUUCUCCUUCUCCUUCUCUCCCCCAACUCAAGAGGAAGCGUGGCAGAAAGCCCAAAGUCAAACUCCACUUGGACCCCUGCUACCGCGGUAUCGACAUAAUUGUCAAUCCAAACGGCGUCGCUGUGGAUCUCCACCAACUCGCCAACUCCCAAGACCCCUUCGCUGAGGAACUCAAGAGACGCACCGAGGGUUUGCACAACGAAGAGGAGCUGCUAGGGUUUCUGAGAGACUUGCCCGGACAGUGGGGGAGCCGGAGGAAGAAGCGGAGGAUCGUCGACGCCGCGGAUUUCGGCGGCGACGUCUUGCCUCUUAGCUGGAAGAUUCUUCUCGGUUUGAAGAGAAAGGAUGGCCGUGCAUGGAUCUAUUGCCGCAGAUACAUUAGCCCCAGUGGACAGCAUUUUGUGUCUUGCAAAGAGGUUUCUUCCUAUCUGCAGUCUCUUUUGGAUAAUAAUGGUGAUGCACAGUUGCAAAUUAUGAGGACUGAAAAUGUAGUGCAGGAACACAAUGUGCCUGCUGAAAAUUCUGCAGGUGUUGCCCAGGAGCAUCAAGAUGAGAGGCAGAUUGUUGCUGUGAACUCGGAUGUGUCUGCUGCUAAUGAACGAGAGAAGGAGGUUGCCUUGUUGGGGAUUGAAAAUCUCGCGGAUGUGCAGAUUCACGACCUGUUUGAAUGUCGCAAGUGCAACAUGAGUUUUGAUGCGAAGGAUUUGUACUUGCAGCACCUGUUGUCAUUUCACCAGAGGACGACGAGGCGGUAUCGACUUGGUUCAUCAGUUGGAGAUGGAGUUAUAAUUAAGGAUGGGAAGUUUGAGUGCCAGUUCUGCCAUAAGGUGUUUCUUGAAAGGCGUCGCUACAAUGGUCAUGUGGGGAUCCAUGUUAGGAAUUAUGUGAGGAAAGUUGAAGAUUUGCCGGGUCAGGCAAAUGUCCAGGGGACAGAUGACAAGUCUCCUGUCAGGGGGCAGGAUGUGCCUUUAAGGAUAUCAAAGAUGGAUGCCCUCAUUGAAAUUGCUCAAAACUCUAUUAUGGAGGAUUCUGUCACUGAACCCCAUAGUUCAGCUAAACUGAAUAGGAUUCCUGCUUCAGAUAUUGCUGUUGGUUACAUAGAUCAAGACAGAAACUCCGAGUCUCCUAUCAGUGAACAGAAAAUGGAAGAUAGCAUGACUGGAAAUAAUGUGGAUCAUGAUUUGGAUGAAGAAUUAGUAGAGGAAAUUGAUGAUGAUAACCAUGUGAUUAAUGUAAAGAUGGUUACUUUUCUGGAUAACGUGGGUUUGUUAUCUGUAAAUAAGCAGGAUGUUAAUGUACCUGAGACUUCUAAGGUAAAAGAUGAUGUGCCAUUGACUAUUGAGGAACUGGAUCAGUCUGGGAUGGAUUUGGAUGAGGAUUCUCACAACUGUUUACUUCCUUUAUCUGAACAUCACAUAAUACCAGAAUCUGAAAAGAGUGAAAAUUCAGGAUGUGCUAAUACUAAGGGUCUAUUUAUACUUGAUGAAGACAUCAGUAACAAGACUGAGUUGGAAUUUGGUUUAAAUGGCUUGAAGGAUGUGCCUGUUACUGUGAGCACUAAUGUCCAAGAGAUGGUAAGGCCAGCUUCUCAAGAAAAUGUGGCACACUCUAGGGUUUUUAACUCCUCCAUAUCCACAGAACAAUCUUUGGAUUGUUUACCUGCAUUCAGCUCUGAUAAGGGAGAAGAACAGUUUUGUAGUGUUGACCAUGAACAUGAUAAUGUGAAGGGGUUCCAGGAAUUGAGAUUUGAUGAAAUAGAUACUGCUGAGUGUGAUUUUGCAAGGGUUCAAGUUUCUCCUUCUCUUCCUGAUGUACCAACUGAAUUGACAAAUAACACAGUGGUGGAAGGGACGUGUGCAUCCCCAGUUCAGUUUGAAUCACAAGAAGUUAUGCUAAAUAUUGGUGGCAGAAAUCAGCUUACAACUGUGUGUGUAUGGUGUGGAAUAGAGUUUAACCAUGAUGCUGUUAAUUCUGAAAUACAACCAGAUUCUGUUGGAUUCAUGUGUCCAGCUUGUAAGGCAAAAAUCUCUGGUCAAGUCAAUGUGUUAUUGGACUGUGGAUCGCCAAAUGCUGGCUGUCUAUAGACUGUGGCAGGCAACCCCAUAUCAUAUUUCGUGUGAACUUCAAGCAGAGAUUUUAGCUUUGGCAGCUGCAUGAUAUUCCAAAGACAGUAGAAGGAGAUGAUCUAGAAGAAAAAAGCCAGGAUUUGGAGGUUGAUGGAAUACUCAAUUAUAGAUUGUAUAUUGGUUUUUAUUAAUUUCACCUCGUAUGUUGUUUUGUCGUACAUUGCCCCGUUCAUUCGUAUAGAAACCAAUAUUUAGUACUUUAUUCUGCUGUAAUAGUGUGCAUAGGGCUUUCAAUUUGAACUCCGUACAUAACUAAUGAGUGUAUUCACAAUUACACCAAAUAAAAUAUGAAUAACAUACAGAAAUGAGUUCUAUGGAAUUGUUAUAUUGUA